GUAACUGUAAAUAAUUGUGUGUCAAAAUAGUUAACUUGUCUAUGAUGGUUAAUAAGUUGAUAGAUGUAACUUUUUUUUCCAAUGUCGCUUCUAUAUUUCAAAAAAAUAACUAAUUCUAAUCUUUUUUGUCGUAGUUGAAAACAGAAAAUCGUAAUGUCGUUAGAACAGACAGCAUGCGAAGAUGUUAUUGCAGAUUUAAAAGCCUUUGAAAGACGCCUCACCGAAGUAAUUGCUUGUUUACAACCAUCCACGAUAAGAUGGAGAAUUGUUCUUCUUGUAGUAUCCUUGUGUGUAGCUACAGGGGCAGGUCAAUGGUUAAUGGAUCCUGUUACUAGGGUAGUACCUUUAUCACAGUCGCUGUCAAAUCAUCCUUUUUUUAUUCUAGCAACAGUAAUUUUAGUCAUAAUUUUUCUUCUGGGAGUUCACAAAAGAGUCAUAGCAGCUUCAAUUAUUACAACAAGAACAAGAGAGGUUUUAAUUGAUUUCAAUAUGUCAUGUGAUGAUACUGGUAAGCUAAUUUUAAAGCCAAGGCCUACAAAUAUAACAUGACAACCAAUCCAUUAAACAUCAUGUACAGUUAUAGAUUCAUUGCGUCUGUAAAAUAGUGUUAGAAAAUGAUUUUUUAAAUAAAGUUAAACAUUUUUUUUCAUA